UUUUUAUAUCCGCUAAUUGUAUAUCAAACAGUGGAAGGAUUGAAAUCGGUUGUAUUCAGACGCCUUGCCCGCCACCGAUGUGAUGAGUGGUGUCGACAAGUUAAUACAUGUAUAUAUUUUGAUUAUCACGUUAGCACAAGUCGCUCAAUUCUGAUAUAAAGCAAAUUCAAACAAGGGAACAAAGAUGGCAGCCGCAACAUUGAAAAAUGGUGGCUGCAAACUUGAGUCUUGUUGGCAGUAAAAUGCAGUAGAUAUAAGCCAAACAGCACACACCCAAGUAUCUAUAAUUUGGAGCAUACCUAUAGCUUUGGGCAUUGUUUACUUGCGCUUGGAAAGUACUGUUUACUUGCAUUCCAACUCGAAUAUAAAAGUCACUUUUCGGCGUGCAAUUUGAAUAUCAUUAUUUUGUACGAGAUUCAUCAAUACUUUUUUUGCCAAUUUUUUGUUAGUCAACAGGGCACAUAGCUUGCAAUUGUCCGUGCAUGGCGAAUAGUAUGCAAACACCGAGCAUAGACGUCAGCCCCAAUCAAAAUACGCCCAUGGUUACUAAUAACAGCCAUGCCCUUGAAUCCUUGUUGGCUGCAGACCGUCAGGACAAAAAAUAUGAACCCGUCCACUUGCUUAAGCUGACACCUCGGCAGGCAUACACAUUCUCCGUGGCGUUUCUCGGGUGGAUGGUCGACGCCAUUGACUUUUUCUGUGUGGCCAUGACCACCACAGAGCUGGCCACGAGCUUUGGCAAAAAACCAUCCGACAUCACAUCGGCAAUUACAGUGACCCUUAUGUUGCGCCCAAUCGGAGCGCUUGUAUUCGGCGUUAUUGCUGACAGGUAUGGCCGGCGCAUCCCAUUGAUGCUCGCAUCAGGAUUUUCGCAAAACCUUCCGACAUUCAUUGGUCUGCGCGCCAUAUAUGGCAUCCUGAUGGGUGGGGAGUGGGGCCUGGGAAACUCGCUGGCAAUGGAGACACUUCCGGUUAAAAGUCGAGGCAUAUUUUCAGGCAUACUCCAGCAGGGCUAUGCUGUGGGCAGCCUCGUGGCUGCAAUGUUUUACUUUGCAAUUACUGACGUGUGGAAGCAAGACCGCCAGGUGCAAAAAGACAGUUCAAAGCACUACUACCAGAUUGCCAUUGCCAUGCUGAAGAGGCACUGGUUGCGCUGUAUAUACGCGACUGUCCUCAUGGCUGCAAUGAACUUUCUUUCGCACGGCAGCCAGGACCUGUACCCAACAUUUCUCAAAAAGCAGCACGGAUUCACACCCAAGCAGGCAACUAUUGGCACGGUUGUUGGCAACAUUGGCGCUAUUGUCGGUGGCAUGUUCUUUGGAUACACAUCGGAAUACCUGGGCCGCCGCAGAACCAUUGCCAUUUGUGCGCUUUGUGGCAUAUGCUUUAUCCCGUUGUGGAUACUGCCAAGCAAGUUUGGCCAAUUGCUGGUCGGUGCCUUUUUUAUGCAGCUUUGUGUCCAGGGCGCCUGGGGCGUCAUCCCCGUAUAUCUCAGCGAAAUCUCGCCCGAGGGAUUCCGCGCAACAUUCCCUGGCUUGGCGUACCAACUGGGGAACCUGAUAUCGGCCAGCGCAAGCCAAAUGGAGGCAACUCUGGGCGAAAAGAACCCACUUCCAGAGCUGCGCGACGGCGAAGAGGUUCCAAACUACGGUCGCAUUCAGGGCAUCCUAAUCGGAGUCAUUUUCUGUUGUGUGCUGGUGCUGGUUGUUGUUGGGCGUGAGGAGUGUGGGAAGCAUUUUGGCCAGUUUGAAAAGACUAAAGACGACAACGACGACAAACUGGGCCAAGUGUUUAUGUUGC